GUCGGUGGAAGAAGACCCCCGAAGCUCGAAGCAUCAUGAUCGCUCGCUCGGCUUUGAAGCGCUCCCUGGGCGCGUUCUCGGCGGCCCGCAAGGCCGCCCCCGCCCCCGCGUUCGCGCAGCAGACGCGCAUGUACCACGAGAACGUGAUCGACCACUACGAGAACCCGCGCAACGUCGGCGCCAUGGACAAGAACGCCAAGGACGUGGGCACGGGCCUCGUGGGCGCCCCCGCCUGCGGCGACGUGAUGAAGCUGCAGAUCCAGGUGGACGAGAACGGCACCAUCGUGGACUCGAAGUUCAAGACGUUCGGCUGCGGCUCGGCCAUCGCGUCCUCGUCGGUGGCCACCGAGUGGCUCAAGGGCAAGAGCGUGGAGGAGUGCCUCAAGAUCAAGAACACGGACAUCGCGUCGCACCUGAAGCUGCCGCCCGUCAAGCUGCACUGCAGCAUGCUGGCGGAGGACGCCAUCAAGGCCGCCAUCUCGGACUACAAGCGCAAGCAGGCCGCGUCGGGCUAAGGUGGCACAGGAUAGCAACGGUCUUGUCGUCGCCGCGCUCGCUCCUCGUCUUCGUUGAGGCAGAAGAUUUCCAGGCAGGACGCGAGCAACGCCGGCGCUCGGUGCGGGCAUGCUUGGCCCGCACUCGGGGGAAGACAGGUCAAAGAAAAGCAUACAGUAUUGGAGGAGAGAGAGGAGAAAAGCUGUGAAAUAAUCAGUUGCUAAUUUAUUGCCCGCCAUCAACCAC